GGUUUUCCCCAGCUCCAAAACAAGGGUAUUGUCUUAGUAAGUUUAUGGAGAGGCCAUGUGAUAAUGCUGAGGAACGUACGGCAUAACGAACGUAUUACGUGAUAAAAAGGGAGAUCCGGAAGAUGGACCUGGACAUUCGCUAUUUUAACAGUGCAGAUAUCUGCUUGUGGCGUUAAGGGAUGAAGUACCAUGUUUUUAACAACAGUAUUGCUCCGGAAGAGAAUUCCUGGAAAACAAUGGAUUGGAAAAUACAGGCAACCAAGAGUGGUCACCCUUUCAAUGAAGCAGGCAAUGAUCCGAAGGUUGGAAACUGAAGCAGAGAACGAGUACUGGCUGAGUCGACCUUACCUGACACAGGAACAAGAAUACAAUCAUAACAAAGAAGGGAGACGUGCAAAAUGGGAAGCUCUCAAAAGCUCCUUGACAUCUAAGUUCCCCGAGCAUAGAUAUAUGAGCGAUCACUUGAACCACUUGAAUGUCUCAAAGAAAUGGACAUCUUGAAUAACAGGCUGGACUUGUAUGUGGCAGCUGUUGUGCACUGCCACGAAAUAUGCUGUUGUACCUGUUACGGUAACUUUGUAAUACAGUGUAAUAUGGGCAGAUAAGUGACAAUUUGGUAUGGUGUACAAAAAUCUUACAUUAAAAGUAAUCAUACAGAACAGUA